AUGCCCAGCUUCACGCCCGACGAGAUGCGCCAGCUCUGGCGAUACUCCUUGGAGCAAGACUUCCGCCCUCUCUCCGCCCCCGCUCCCGAGGGGUUCCUCCCCACCACCCUGAAGCCAAUCGGAACGGAAAGCACCUUCCAUCCCUUCUCCCCCUCCUCUCCUCCCGAGUCCAUCCUCCGCGCUGUGCCCAGUAUUGACGACUCCGGAUCCCGCCUCGCACUCCCGAAUGGUCCAGAUAUCCACGUAUUCGACUUGUCUCCCUGGACGGGCACGCCCAUUCGCGUUCUUCAGGGACAUACAGAGGCGGUCACGGUGGUGCAGUUUAUCCCUGGGAGUAGAACACGGCUUAUCUCCUCCUCGAGCGGGUAUACUGUCGGACGAUGGAGCGGAAACGGAGUAGAGAAAGGACCGGAGAUCAUCCUCUGGGAUCUGGAUGCGGCGCUUCCGGGCUCGGAGCAGCGGGAGAGGGCGACAGAGGCGACUCUGGAUAUGGCUACGGAGGCAGCUAUAGCUACUGCUCUCGACAGCUUAUCUUCGGCUUCGUAUACUACCGGAGCUUCUCAGUGGGGUCCCCCUCGUCACCCCGUACCCGGUCUCCCUAUCUCUACGGAACACCGGUACGCCCUCCCUCCGGCCCAGCUCGCAAGCCUGCGCUCGAGCAUCCGGACCGCCCUUUCUCAAGCGGAGCGGACCACUCUCGUCCUGGACCAGAACAAGCUGAAUGGGCGGCUCAUCACGUCGUGCCAAUCCCAUAUCUUCAGCCACGACGGCAAGAAGCUCGUCUACCUCCCGGGACCGGCACCCCAGAGCAACAAGGACGCGCCGUGGGAUAUCUGCCUUCGGAACUUCGCGUCUGACGCCAAUGCACCCAAGACGCUCACGCUCCAAGGGCACCGGGACGCGGUCGUAUGGCUGGGCUUCUCGCCGGACGAUACCCUCCUCGCGUCGGUGUCAUGGGACGGCACCGUGCGGAUCUGGGACGUCUCCACUGGCGCGCAAAAGCAGGUCUGGCAGACGGGCCAUCAGAACUGGGCGGGCCAUUGGGCGGCGGACGGGCAGUCGUUCCUCGCUACCCGGGGUAACGGGAUGGUGUUCCUGUGGGACGUACAGACGGGAGAUGAGGUCUGGCGAUACAAUGCGGGGCAAGGGGAAUGGUGUCGCGCCCUCUCGUGGAGUGUGCCUGCUCCCGGAUCUCCAGAGGGAAUCAUUGCGGUCGGCGGGAAUGAGCUGGGAAGGGUCUUGCUGCUUUCCCCCGACAGGCCGCCGGAUGGGGUCAAGAGGGAGGCGAUACAGGAGCGAAAGCUCAGUACGUCGCGGGUGGAGGGGUCGGUGGAGACGAAGCGGAUGGCGGGGAAGUUCUUGGGCGUCAAUCUUGUCAAGUUCCUCCCUUCUUCUCCUGGCGAGCUGGGGACAGGCUUGAGGUUGGCGCACGGGACGGACUUUGAGAAGGGGAUGGAGGUGGUGGAUUUGGUACAAGGGAGAAAGUGGAGGUUUGGAUUUGAGGACGACGGGAUGCGGGAAGAGGCGGGCAGGGGAGUCGAUAAGGCUCGGUAUCACUGGAAGUAUCUAGAGAGGACGGGACAGGUGUUGCGCGUUAGUGCAGACGGUAUUAGGUACUUUGAUCUGGAUUAG